CACACCAGAAGGUUGAUUGCCAACCACCAUAAAAAAAAAGAAGAAGAAGAAAAAGCACAGGACGCUAAUAAGUCAGUCUUAUUAUUUCUUAUCCAGUUUGCAAUAUUUGCGUCGUAUAAAAUACAUAUUUGAUUCUUUAUUUAAGGACGAAAUCGUCUCGAUGCGCCAGAAGCAUUGUGCUGCUUCUCCUGCUAUCUUUGCUUGUUAGUUAGCUUAGCUCGCUAGUUAGCUUAGCUUGUUAGCUGCUAACAGAAGACACAGAAGUUAUCAACACAUCGCUAAGUAGAGAUCAAGUGUGAGAGUAAAGUGUUGUGAUUGUGUGAAAAUGUCUACAUUACAAAUGUUGAGAGCGUUGGUGGAUCAGCGACUAACUGCUGCCGUUGAAGAAAUAUUUGUAGUGUUAGAAAGAACGAUAGCAGAAUACGAGGCGGAACUUUCGAGAACAAAGGAGGAAAACAAUCAACUACUGGACGUUCUUUUCACGAAACAUCAAGUUGUGUUACACAGAACAGAUGUCAAAGAAGAACCUCUACCUAAUGAGCUGGAGGAGGAACCACAGUCCCCCAACAUACAUGAGGACGAAGAGGUACCACAUUCCCAACACAUUAGAGAGGGAGGAGGGGAGCCACAGCCCCCCGACAAAGAGGAAAAAGAGAAGCCAAAGACCCAUAGUGAUAAACUGACCCUUCACAUUAAAGGGCAAGCGGAGGACCCACUCAUCUUACACAUCAAGAAUGGAGAGGAGGACCCAUUGACCCCUCACUUUAAGGAGCAAAAGAACCCGUUGACCUGUAGCAUUAAAAAGGAAGAGGACCCACUGACCCCCUACUUUAAAGAGGAAGAGGAAAAACACCGCAUCAGUCAGCCUAAAUGGUUGGAGGAGUUUCCUGUGACUGGUGUCCCUGGGAUGAGUGAAGAUUAUGAGUUCAAAGGUGAAAGUGAGGAGAAAAGAGAGGCGGAGCCUCCAAAUAGCCACUCAAUGCAACACAACAGACAUGACAUGACAACAGAAGCUGAUGGAGACCACUGUGGAGGAUCACAAGCAGACAAGCUCUUAGCUCCACUAUCAGAUAGUGAGGACACAACGUCACACUCUCCUGACACUGAUGAUGAAGACUCUAAAGAUGAUAAGAUAUGUCACAUUGACAACACUCACUUCACAUGUUCUCACUGUGACAAAACCUUUAAAUACCAUUGGUAUCUGAAAGUACACAUGAGAACACACACUGGAGAAAAACCUUUUAUCUGCUCAGUAUGUGACAAAGGCUUUGGACGAAGUCACCAUUUGAAAAUACACAAGAGAAUACACACUGGUGAAAAACCUUUUGUCUGUUCAAUAUGUAGUAAAGGUUUUACACAAAGUCAGAGUUUGAAAAAACACAUGAGUACACACACUGGAGAAAAAUCUUUUGUAUGUUUGAUCUGUAGUAAAGGUUUUGUCAAAAGUUGCAAUUUUAAAGUACACAUGAGAACACACACUGGUGAAAAACCUUUUUCCUGUUCAACGUGUGGUAAAGGUUUUACAGAUAUUCAGAAUUUGAAAAGACACGAGAGAACACACACUGGUGAAAAAAGUUGUUCUUGUUCAAUCUGUGGCUUAUCUCUUACAAGGAAGGAACAUUUGAAAGUACACAUGAGAACACAUACUGGUGAAAAACCUUUUUCUUGUUCAAUCUGUGGUAAUAGUUUUACAGAAAGUCAGAGUUUGAAAAGACACAAGAGAACACACACUGGUGAAAAAUCACAUUCCUGUUCAAUCUGCAACAAAAGCUUUUGUGAACGAUCAAACCUUGUAAGACACAUGAGAACACACCCAGGAGAGAAAGUGUUGAGUUGCAGUGUGUGUGGUGAAAGAUUCUCUUAUAAGUACCAGUGUAAGAAACACAAGUGUGCUGGUGAGAACAGCAGCAGCAAAUGAAACUGCAGGAUUUGAAAUUAACUUUCCAGGCGUUAAUUUUGACUCUCUAACAACAACAGCACAUAUAAUAUGUGUGACAUUGUUGUUUGUGUAACAAUCUGUUUAAUAUGCUUCUAUAUAUAUUAUUACUUUUUUCGGUCAAGUACGUGCAUUAGUAUGCAAUCAAAUAAAUGUUAGUAGUCAAUUGCGUCUUUUAAAAAAAAAUGAACUCCUUUGUGUUGGGAAGAAUGGAAGCUUUCGAGUUAUGACAUUUUUUUGUUUCACAGAAAAUACAGUAGACAAGAUAUAGUAAAUAAUGGAAAAACGGAAAAUGCUGUAAUUAGAAUAUUUUGAACGUAAGCCUUUAUAUAUAUAUAUAUA